CCCAGCCAGACUGGCUCCGACUUAGGCGGCGUAAAUUUCAGAGCCGGGCAUUCUCAGUAGAAAAUCCCCUUCCUGUCCACCCUUUCACCUGAACUCUCCGGCAGCGGACUGUCUUGUGUGUAAUUAACCUCUGUUCAGGUGUUUCCUCGCUCGUCCAGGCGUCUCCUUGGGCUCCUUUGCUCUCUGAAUUGAAGCUGCCGCAUGUUGGUCGACAAGAUGCUAUCCCUUCGCCCUGCCGUGCGGAGAGCUGCGACGACUAAGCCCCUCCGUGCCCUCUCCGCACCGCAUGCCCUCUCAUCUACAGCAAGACUGUACACGACAGAUGCAUUGCGGUCUCGACGCGUGGGAGUCUCUUCGCCCAAAGCUCUGCAGAGACGCAGCUACUCCCGCCCGGCCGAUACUCAGCUCUCGACCCGAUCGACCGUUGUCCAGUUGCUGAGCAACAUUGGCUCCAAGCGUGAGGUUCAGCAGUACCUGUCGCACUUCACCUCAGUCUCGUCCCAGCAAUUCGCAGUGAUCAAGGUUGGUGGCGCGAUUAUCACGGACCACUUGCAAACGCUGUCGUCUGCGCUUGCGUUCCUCAACCAUGUUGGUCUCUACCCGAUCGUCGUCCACGGCGCUGGACCUCAGCUCAACCGCAUGCUCGAAGAAGCUGGCGUGGAACCCCAAUUCGAAGAAGGAAUCCGAGUGACGGAUGGAAAGACAUUGGGCCUAGCUAGGAAGCUGUUCCUAGAAGAGAACCUGAAGUUGGUGGAGGCUCUAGAGAGCAUGGGUGUCAGAGCGCGCCCCAUCACCUCCGGUGUCUUCACCGCGGACUACCUGGACAAGGAAAGAUGGCAGCUGGUUGGAAAGAUCAACAAUGUGGACAAGACACCCAUUGAAGCCGCCAUUCAAGCUGGUUGCCUUCCCAUCCUUACCUCCAUGGCAGAGACCACCGAUGGACAGGUGCUCAACGUCAACGCGGACGUUGCAGCUGGAGAGCUGGCGCGCUCCCUCCAACCGCUGAAGAUCGUCUACCUUGCUGAGAAGGGAGGUCUGUUCAAUGGUGACACGGGUGAGAAGAUUUCCGUCAUCAAUCUCGACGAGGAAUACGACCACCUGAUGGGCCAGUGGUGGGUGCGAUACGGAACCAGGCUGAAGAUCAAGGAGAUGAAGGAGCUGUUGAGCGAUCUUCCCCGUACCUCGAGCGUUGCCAUCAUCCACCCUGCUGAUCUCCAGAAGGAACUGUUCACUGACUCUGGAGCUGGUACCCUGAUCCGGCGGGGCAACAAGGUCCACACCAAGACCUCCCUCUCUGAGUUCGAAGACCUGGAGCAGCUGAAGGAUGUCCUGGUCCGCGACCGCGAGGGACUCGAUGCUCGGGCUGUCGUUGACCGAUAUGUUCAGGGCCUGAAGGACUGUGAUUUCAAAGCGUACUUUGAUGAGCCGAUGGAAGCUUUGGCCGUGGUCCUACCCCCGCAGAAGGAUUCUGCCUUUGCUCACCUUGCAACCUUCACCAUCACCAAGUCCGGCUGGCUGACGAAUGUCGCUGAUAACGUGUUCUCUAGCAUCAAGAAGGACUUCCCUAAGUUGGUCUGGACGGUCAAGGAAGACGACGAGAACCUGUCGUGGUUCUUCGACAAGGCUGAGGGCAGUCUGAGCCGCGAGGGUGAGGUGCUCUUUUGGUAUGGCAUCGAAAGCGGCGACGAGGUGAAGGAGCUGGUUCUGGAGUUCAGCAAGCAUGGCCGUGACAUGCUUGGUGCUGGCAACCUUGAAUCCAGACUUAACCGGGCUGCCCAGGCCGCCGCUGGCCUUGCUCAAGGUGCUGGCAGCGCAGCGGCUGUGCAGCAGAAACGUUCCUUCUCCACUGCCAGCAACGGAAACGCUCUUCGUGCCGCUCGCCGGAGAGGUGCUGCGAUGGGUGGAUAUGGCGUCCGCGCAUACUCCACGACCAACCCCAACCCUCCGCUUGGUGAGAAGAACGCAUCCAACCCCAAACCCGCUCGUGUCGCCCUCAUCGGUGCUCGUGGCUACACUGGUCAGGCUUUAAUUAGCCUGCUGAACUCCCACCCUAACAUGGAUCUGCGUCACGUCUCCUCUCGUGAACUGGUUGGCCAGAAGCUCAAGGGUUAUGACAAGCGUGAGAUCACGUACGAGAACCUGAGCCCUGAUGAUGUCCGCCGGAUGGCUGCCAACGGCGAGAUCGACUGCUGGGUCAUGGCUCUGCCUAACGGUGUCUGCAAGCCCUUUGUUGAUGCCGUCAACGAGAACACGGAGAAUGGCGGUGUCAUUGUUGACUUGAGCGCUGAUUACCGAUUCGACUCGACAUGGACUUACGGACUUCCCGAGCUGAUCAACCGUGCUAGUAUUGCCAAGGCUACCCGUAUCGCUAACCCUGGAUGCUAUGCAACCGCUGCUCAGAUUGGAAUUGCUCCUCUCGUCCCGUACCUCAGCGCUGAGCCCACUGUUUUCGGUGUGUCCGGAUACUCGGGAGCAGGCACGAAACCCAGCCCCAAGAACGAUGUUAACAACCUUACAAACAACAUCAUCCCCUACAGUUUGACCGACCACAUUCACGAGAAGGAGAUUAGCUCGCAGCUCGGUACGAGCGUUGCUUUUAUCCCUCACGUUGCUGUUUGGUUCCAGGGUAUCCAUCACACCAUCAGUCUUCCUCUGAAGCAGGAGAUGACCUCUCGGGACAUCCGCAACAUUUACCAAGAGCGUUAUGCAGGCGAGAAGCUUGUGAAGAUUAUUGGUGAACCUCCUCUGGUUAAGAACAUUGCUGGUCGUCACGGUGUCGAGAUUGGUGGCUUUGCCGUCCACUCUAGUGGCAAGAGAGUAGUCAUCUGUGCAACCAUUGAUAACCUUCUCAAGGGAGCAGCGACACAGUGUCUUCAGAACAUGAACCUUGCUCUCGGCUACUCCGAAUAUGAGGGUAUCCCUCUGGAGUAAACUGCCCAACAACUACAUCCCCAGCUGAGAUACAAAAUACGAAUAGGGAGGACAAAUGCAUUACCGAGGUUACAGACCGUCCAUCAACGGCUUCAUGAGUAUCCUUUGAUGCGCGGUUACCAGUCUAUUCCAUCGAGGGUGUUCCGCAUUUGUUCCAGCAUGGUCUUAGACUUUUCUCUUAGGCCUAUCCUAUAUCUUACCAGGCGCCUCAUGUUAUGUUAAAAUCUGUCUGUACAUGUUGAGUUUACUAAUCGGUUAUCGGUUACUUUUUCUGUAGUGGCUGCA